GGGAGAGAGUUGCAACCAGAGAAGAAAGAAGGAAUAAGGAAGAGAAGGAGAGAAAGGAAGAAAGGAAGAAAGAGAGAGAGGAGGGGGGCCAGUGGGACCAGAGUCUCCGCCCCAAAGGGCUGGCAAGGUCGGUGGUGGGAGCAAGGGCUGCAAAGGCUGGAGGAGAUAGACCAGGAAGAACUGGCUUGGCAACUUCAGAGGCUACUCUUUCGUAUGUUGCAAGAAAGGAACCGGAUUCACUCCUGGUUGAGGUUUCUCUUACUCAGAGGAUCCUCUUGCACCCGAUCCCCUUGGCCUGACUUCCCGGACUGGAUUACAAACCCAGCGAUCGCCCCCGAUCUUGGAGUGGAUUCUCUGCCUUGCCAUUCGGAGUGGAUUCCUUGUCUCCUUUCCAGCAGAGAAGGACGCCCCAGGAAAGGCAUGACUAUUCAACCGUCGGUGUAGCCGGUCAGCCCAGAAAGGAUGAUGGGACCCAUAACACUUUGCUUCUUGGUCUUGGCAUCUGUUGGCAUAGCUGAGUUGGAAGAGCACUUUGACCCAGCUAAGUGCCGCUAUGCGCUGGGUAUGCAAGAUCGUACCAUCCCGGAUGAUGCUCUCUCAGCCUCCAGCUCAUGGUCUGACUCGACUGCUGCCAAACAUAGCAGGUUAGCACUGAGUGAGGGAGAUGGAGCCUGGUGCCCUGCAGGACCUGUGUAUCCUAAUGAUGCUGAAUACCUGGAGAUUGACCUGCGUCGGCUACAUUUCUUAACCUUGGUGGGGACGCAGGGCCGGCACGCAAAUGGCCAUGGCAAGGAGUUUGCCCGUGCUUACCGGCUCCAUUACAGUCGCGAUGGACACCGUUGGAUGCCUUGGCGGGACCGGUGGGGCAAUGAGGUGAUUUCUGGUAAUGAAAAUACAAAGGAUGUGGUACUGAAAGAUCUGGGACCACCAAUCAUUGCCCGAUAUGUCCGCUUCUACCCACGUGCAGACCGCGUCAUGAGUGUCUGCCUGCGUGUGGAGCUCUAUGGUUGUGUCUGGAAAGAUGGCCUUCAGUCAUACACAGCUCCGCUAGGCCAGGUCAUGCCUCUUGUCCCUGAACCUGUCUACCUGAAUGACUCCACCUAUGAUGGGCACAGCGUCCACAAGUUGCACUUUGGGGGUCUUGGCCAAUUGACUGAUGGUGUUGUAGGCCUGGACGAUUUCACCCAAACCAAAGAGCUGCGUGUUUGGCCAGGGUACGACUAUGUGGGCUGGAGGAACAGCUCUUUUCCUGGUGGCUUCAUUGAGAUGGAGUUUGAGUUCGAUCAACUCAGAACCUUCACUUACAUGAAGGUUCAUUGCAACAAUAUGCAUACGCAUGGGGUAAGCAUCUUCCGGCAAGUGGACUGCCUCUUCAAGCGCAGCCUGGCCACAGCCUGGGAACCCAUCCCUGUCUCGCAACAGCUUGCUGUGGACGUGAAGAACCCCAGUGCCCGCUCCCUCACAGUUCCCCUCGAAGGGCGCCUGGGCCUGUUUGUCCAGUGCCAUUUUCACUUUGCUGGCGAGUGGAUGCUUUUCAGUGAAAUAGCUUUUCUCUCUGACAUUGUGGAUGAUCCCUCUCUCUCAGUGUCAAGCGGCCGUCCCCCAGUAGUGGCCCCACGUCGACCUUCAGGCCGCAACAAUCCGAUCUCCCCAGCCCUGGGAUCUGCACUGAAUGAAAAUGCUGGUGAUGCCUCAAACUUUACACUCCAAGACCUUGAGAGCCAAGGGGAACCGAAAUCAGGCCAGCCCAUUGCAAAGGAUGAUAACAGCAAUACCUCCAUCCUGAUUGGAUGCCUGGUAGCCAUCAUCCUACUCCUGUUGGUUGUGAUAUUCCUCAUCCUUUGGCGGCAAUACUGGCAAAAGAUCUUGGGGAAGGCUCAACGCCGAAUCUCUGACGAUGAUCUCACGGUUCACCUCUCUGCACCUAGCGACACCAUUGUCAUCAACAACACAAUGGGUUCCCACAGACACUCCAACCGCUAUGAGCGCAUCCACUCAGGAGAGACGGAGUACCAGGAACCCAAUAGGGCUCGUAUGAAGCUGCCAGACCUGCCGCACAGUGCUGAGAACUCUGGUGAGAGAGCCAAUUGGGGAGCGGAGCUAAAUGAAAGAGAGGGAAAAAGAAAAGCUCUGCUACUCAGCAACCCGGCUUACCAUCUCUUCCUGGCCACUUAUGCCCAGCCAAUGGGAAGGCCUGCUUUCCCGCCACCCAACCGGGUUAAGCCAAUCAACACCAAUGCAUGUGGGGUUGACUACAUGGAGCCAGAAACCACAGGCUGCCAGCCAGGCUUCCAGAACAAUGUGCCACAUUAUGCUGAAGCUGAUAUCAUAAACCUGCAGGGGGUGACCGGCGGGAACACAUACGCCGUACCAGCAGUGGCAGUAGACGCCCUCACAGGGAAGGACAUGGCGUUGGGCGAGUUCCCCCGGGACCGGCUCAUCUUCAAGGAGAAGCUGGGAGAAGGACAGUUUGGAGAGGUCCAUUUGUGUGAGGUGGAGAAUCCUCAGGACCUGCCGAACUUGGAGUUUCCCUUCAAUGUGCGCAAAGGGCGCCCCCUUUUAGUGGCUGUGAAGAUUCUGCGUUCCGAUGCCACUAAGAAUGCAAGGAAUGACUUCUUGAAGGAGGUGAAGAUCAUGUCACGCCUGAAGGACCUGAACAUUGUGAGACUGCUAGGUGUGUGUGUACAGGAUGAUCCACUGUGUAUGAUCACGGAGUACAUGGAAAAUGGUGACCUGAACCAGUUCCUUAGUGGACAUGAGCUAGAAGAUAAGCUGGGUGGCAGCCCCAGUGGGAAACCAACCAUCAGCUAUCCAACCUUGAUUCAUGUGGGAGCCCAGAUUGCCUCAGGAAUGGCUUUUCUUGCCUCACUCAACUUUGUGCACCGAGACCUGGCUACACGAAACUGCCUAGUGGGUGAAGGGUUCACCAUCAAGAUUGCUGACUUUGGCAUGAGCCGGAACUUAUAUGCUGGGGACUAUUAUCGUAUCCAGGGCCGGGCUGUGCUGCCUAUACGCUGGAUGGCUUGGGAGUGCAUCCUCAUGGGUAAGUUCACUACUGCCAGCGAUGUCUGGGCCUUUGGAGUCACGCUUUGGGAGGUGCUCAUGCUGUGCCAGGAGCAGCCAUACAGUCAGCUGACUGAUGAAGCUGUCAUUGAGAACGCUGGUGAAUUCUUCCGCCACCAGGGCAAACAGGUCUAUCUCAUCCGCCCUCCUGCCUGCCCCUUAGCUGUCUAUGAGGUGAUGUUGAGAUGCUGGGCACGAGAGGCCAAAGACCGCCCAUCUUUCCAAUACCUGCACCGCUUCCUUGCUGAAGAUGCCCUCAAUAUGGUGUGAACCAACCUGGCACUGGAUAGCAAUGGCGAUGUUAAAGAGUUGGACUACAACACAGAGACUGCUAGGGCAGCAUGGGGCUUGGGGAGGGGUAAUGCUCUGGAACUUACUCUACUGCAGUCCUUAUGGGGGUAUUGCCUCAUCCCUGGUCCAGCUGAUUUCCUUACAUCAACCUCCACCCACCCAUCAGUCUCUACUAAUUCACUUUUUCAUCUAUCACACUCUCUUUGGCAUAUUCAUCUUCCAUCUCAUGAUCCUGUCCAACACACUGCUCCUCCUUCUUCCAGUCUGUAGCUUCACAUGCAUACAUACAUACAUACAUAGUCUUUUCUUGUUUGUGUUUUGUCUAAUAUCUCUUAAGAAAUUUUGUGAGUGUCCAUUCAUUAAUGCUCAUAAUGUCCUUCUUCUCAUCACUAUGCGUAUUUUCCAUAUAUCCAUCCCAUAAUCUAUCCAUCUUUCUCUGCUUCCUUGUCUCAUCUUUGGUUUCUCAAAGUGUGAGUUCAGCCUCAUUUAAGGGAACAGGGAAUUGGUUGGCUAGUUGAGGGCUUAAGAGCAUCCUCCAGAGUUCCUUCCUUUGAAUGGUCUGGGCGACAGAAUGUUCAGCCAAUAACUUCUUUCUGGCUAAUUCAUUGCUAGCUUACUGUAUGUGCUGCUCUGUGAACUGAUAUAAUACAGUGGCUAAGACUGGGAAGCUGGAAGACCAGAGUUAUAAAUUCUGCUGGAUGGCUUUAGAGAAGAUAUUCUUGUGGUCUCAGGCCCUCUUUUUCAAGCUGGUGGUUUUAAUACUUGCCUGUAUCAUAGGGUUGUUGUAAGGAUUACUGAAAGAGAGAGAGAGAGAGAACUGAAACACUUUAAUCAAAAAUAGUAAAAAUCAAUUAUCAUUGUGCAUAUUUUGUGCCCUCAUUUUGUUCAGGCGAAUGGCACAAUGCCCUGAUUCUGAACGGUAUUGUUUUUUCCUGCUGUUAUUACUCCCUAUGAUGCUUCAGAACCAGGGCUGCAAAACUGUGAGGCCAUACCCCCACCUUUGGGAAGACAUGCAGCAUGUGGAUGAAGGAGGAGAUUCAGAGUUCUGAGAAAGGAGGGAAUAUGAGGAAGGUGGAGCUUUCCUCACCUCACCAGCCAAGCCGUGAAUAAAUUGAAUGCCCACUAACAGAGAAUCCACUGAGUCUCUCUGUGUGUAACUGUUCCCCUACUAGCCCCCCCCUCUCUCUAACCCCAUUUCCCAAAGCACUCCUUUUUGUUUUAAUUAUUUCUUUGCCCAUGGAGAUGCCUUUUUCAAUUCUUCUAAUGACUAGGACAAUCCUAUAUGUAAGUCAGCUCCACUAAGCUAGAUGUACUUGCUUUCAGGAAAUUGUGUUUGCAGCCUUGGUACUGUAUUAAUGUUCCAAUGCAGAGGCUUUUGUGCACAGUGGCAGUCUGCAAGGACUUUUACAUACUGAGGGUUGGUGGAUGGAAAAUAGAUAGUGGGCCCUGACUUUUGGGCGACUUGAAACUUGGAAGCAAUUCGGUCUGUAACUCCUUAGGCUGCAGGUCAUAGUUGGAAUGAAUAGUGGCUAUCAGCAGAAUUGCCUUUCAUAUCUCAAUGCCUUGACCAAAUAAGAUGCUCACAUCAUAUUUUUUCCCUUCCUUUAAGGGAGGAGGCUCACCAAUUCUAAUCUCUGAGAACUCUAGCUCUGUUCUCUUUCCUAUUUCUGCUCUUUCUCUAGUGAAUGCCCCUCUCUUAUUAUCACCUUCAUCAGAGAAUGGGUACUAAGACUGGCGGUGGUGGGGAGAUACCUAGAGCCUUUGAAUAUCUCCAUAUUGGGGACUGUGUUUCUGUCUUUAGAUUUCACAUACAACUGGACUAACACUGGUUAAAUAAAACAGGACCCUUGGGUCCAAAAACACUGGGAUUAAUAGAGCACUGGAUGCUUGGAGAGGCUGGAAGAAGUGGUUUGAAUGGUACUUCACAAGGCCACUUGAGGCUGGGAGAACCAGUAUUAGCUGCUCUUGAGAGGCAAGGGGAAUACCUCUUGAUCUUAUCCACUUGUUGAAUGGGUGGUGACUCAGGCUGGCAGGAUCUGAUAUGGCACAGAAUGGACUUUACGCUGGAAACGUUUCAUGGUCUAACCUUAAAAAUGAAUUUAAUAUGAUAUUUUCCUAAAGAGCAGGUUUCCAUUCUGCUUCCCAACAUGCUACAGAUCCAUCCCACCUGGAGAGCUGGCCCCAUUUGUUGUAAAUUCAUUUGAUUUUCCUUUUUCCUGGAGACUUGAGGUGACCUGAUUGUAGAUAUUUUACUGUACAAAGUGGUGGGGAAGGAAUGCACUUGUCCAAAGCAAAUAGAGGGUGUUGGGGGAAUUGAUCUAGGUUUCAUGUUUUGUUUGCCUGCCUGCUAUUUCAUUGUGGAGAUGUCCCAAGGAAGGGUCUCUCAAAUCAGCAUUGUAGUUGUGCUCACAGCAGUGGGAUCUGUGCACAUAUAUGAGAUUCCGCAGUAAUCUAUGCUGGCAGCAUCCAGCAGAUAACUAAUGCAAUAAUACUAUUGCUAAUGCCAAUUCCUAUGUGUGGCGAGAACAGGAAAAUAUACCUCUCCCCCUUAAGUUGUGUUUGACUUCCUAAGGAAAAAAAAAAUGGAACAAAACCAAGGGAGGAAAGGUGCACUUUGAAAGCAGUCUGUUUCUUCAGCCAUUUUUCAAAAUGUAAAGUUUGUUGAAAUGGAUAAUUAUAAUUAGCAGUUGGGAGCAAGGGAGGGGAUCAUGUGUUCCAAUCAUGUGCUCAAAGUGUUCCAAAAUAAUUAGACUAUCUAUGCUUUGUGUUUCAGCUUUUGGCAAGUACACCUAAUUUGAAAAGACAUCAUUAAUGGCAGUUAUGCAUACAUUGGGCAUCAUUUUUCAAAAGUUAUGUUGUGCUGUCCAAUCCCAUCUGGAGAUGUUCCCCUGAGUUUGAUGGGAUUUACUCUCAAAUCAAUGUGCCCAGACAACAGCUUUAAUCCUAUUCCAUUGUUUUCAUAAUGUGUCUUGGAUCAAGAGAUGCAGAGACAGGAGAUAUUUGGGCAGUAGCCCUGUUUCACAGACAUUUACGGACUCUUGGAAGAUGUUGGUUUAAACUACCUGCAUUAAAAGAAUAGCAUAUAGCGCAAUAUUAAUUCUGUUUUACUUGGAGGCUAGCAUGUGGGGUCCACUGAGUUUUCCCCCCCAUUAGUCUUGGAUGAGAGAAAGUGAAAUUAUUAAAAACAAACACCCAAAUGUGUGGGAAAUGUUUAACCAUUCACUAUCUACAUUUGGUGGGUCUGUUCCAUAAUACAAACAUAACUUUGUGCUACAUGCUCUUCUUUUAGUAGUGUGUGAAGUUAACUUUUAACCCAUGGUGUGUGACUUUAUGCAAGAGACCUUAGAGUGCCUUGUGCUAGCAAUGUGUUUUGAGACCUCAUGCAAACUACAGGGACAGUUUGCUGCAGCUGUGAAUUUCGGUUCUCCCGUCUUUCCCAAGGGAUGUUGCACAAAAUCAGAAACAGCCCUUGUGUGCACAGAAGGACAUCUGAGCUCAAACCAGUGGGAUGCAGCCUACAUUUUCCAGCACUGGAGGGGAAACAUCCUGUAGUGGGCUGCUCAUCCCAUUCACUUUCAUAGGCAGGAUGAAGUUCGCCGUAGCAGCCAGCAAGAGAAGCAGCCCAUAUUCUGCCUUACUCCUGCCUCUGCUGUGCAUAGGCUAUUAUCUUUGUCAUUCUUUCCUUUGUUCCUCAAUUCUUCAUAUUUUUUUUAAAAGCUAGCCUUCCUUUCUCUUCCACAGUUAGUGGAUUUCUUUUAUAUUACAUUGACUGAAUAGUUCAUGGGGUGUUUCCCCUGCUAGCUGCUACUGCAAACUUCAUCUUGCCUAUGAAAGUGAAUGAGAGGAGCAAUCCAUUAUAAGAUGUUUCCUCUUCCAUUGCUGAAAACGAAAAACCUUUCAGGUAAGUCCAAUGUUCAUAUCUGAAACAUGUUCACUUGGGAAGAAGUCCCACAAGAAAGUGUCCAUGGGAUUGUAGGCACAAUCAUGAUUAAUUUUAGCAUGAUUAAGAAGGACUAAUGUUUUGAAUAUUUUCAGCUCAUCAUAACUAGAUGUAUAUUUCUGUUUUGAAGGUGUUUCCAUGGCACAUGAUGCCCAGUGUUGCUUCUCCGUGUCAUUGACUGUUCUCUCCUCUAUGCUGACCCUGUUGAAUACCUUUUUUUGUGUUUCUCUGGGGCUACUUGUAGCUGUUUGUUUGUAUUGUGUGCCGGGAUAUGUAUAUAUUUGAAGAGCAGAAAAAAAGAUAGAAAGAUUUUUUUUACACUAAUAUAUAGAUGUUUGGGGAUUUGUUUGUUUUUUUAGUCCUUUCCAUUUAUGUGGUGAAAUAAAACGCUUUGCAUUUUGUACAGUA